AUUUGAACACAACCGUUUAGCCAAUAUGGCCGGCCGCCUGUCAAUCGGGUGACAUUUCACUCAAUUUUCCUCCACGGAGGGAUGCCUGCAAACGGUUGAUAUUCACGAACGAAACAUGUUCCACGGUCACGUACGUAACAGCGUGAACUGCGAUACCGUUUAGUCAGCUAUAACAUAACCAUUAACACCGCAAGUGUCGCCGUAGUGAAAAUUUAUCAGUAGGAGUGGCGGCGCAACGACUGACUUGGGUACGUCAGUACAGUGCCAGGAAAAAGUUGACGACCAUCUGGGUACAGUCUGUAGCAAGAAAUAUUUGUAUAAUUCUAAAUGGUAGCCAUGCGAGAGUAUGUGAGUACAUAGUGCGAACGUUCAUCCACUAUACCAAAGACUGUUCCAAUUUAUUAUGAAUGAAAAGGUCAUUUUUUGGAAAUAAAGUGUUGGUUGUAAAAUAAGGUUCUUAUUUCUACAUCUCUCAAGAAUCAAUAAAGAGAAUUCUUGAGAGUAAUAUCAGAGAAUCAAAGAUUCUCUAGAACGUCGAAUUCAUUCGGUUAAUGCAAAAUACGUUUGAUGCCAGCAUAAAAUGGGAAACUCUGGUUUGAAACAGCAUUAUCAAACCGCGAAGAAGACUGGCGCGUUAAAUGUUUCCAACAGAAAGCUCGACGAAUUCCCGCAGAAUCUACACGCCUUGGCGCCGCUGUUACGUACGCUGGAUCUAUCGGAGAACAAAUUCGUUCGAAUACCCGACGAUAUUGGUCACUUCACGUUGCUAAAGCAAUUAAAUAUUAGUCAUAAUAAGCUGACUAUGCUGCCCGAUGCUCUCGGAGCACUGACCAAACUAGAAUGUUUAAAUGCAUCGUCGAACCAAAUCAAAUGUUUACCUUGGUCUUUGCAAAAAUUAACGCGGUUAAAGCAGGUCAACCUCUCUAACAAUCAGAUUACAGAAUUCCCCCCAAUGUUUUGUGACUUAAAGUUCUUGGACGUGCUGGACAUGUCACAGAAUCGAAUUACGACUAUUCCGGACGCUGCCGCAGCACUGCAUGUGGUGGAACUUAACCUCAAUCAGAACCAGAUAUCGACAAUUUCUGAGAAGUUGGCGGAAUGUCAACGUUUAAAAACGUUAAGACUAGAAGAAAAUUGUUUGCAAUUGAAUGCUGUACCUAAAAAAAUUUUAAAAGAUUCGAAAGUUUCGUUGCUAGCUCUCGAAGGAAACUUAUUCGAGAUAAAACAGCUAGCUGAUCUUGAUUGUUAUGACAACUACAUGGAAAGAUAUACGGCAGUGAAGAAAAAAAUGUUUUAAAGAGGAAUCAUUAUUAUGAGAAGAUAAUCUUUUCACGUGUGUUUCAAUAAGCGUGUAGAAUAUAAAUUAUACAACAUAUUUGAUAAUAGUUAUUAUACGGUUUUUUGUAAAUUUUCAAAGCAUCACAUCGUGUAUUUACGCAAUUAUUGUAUUGGAUAAUAGUGAUAAUAUACGGAAUUGUACAAAGUAUUUGUAUUGGUUGUAUUGUUAAGUCGAGAUAUUAUUGUUUCAUAAUACCUUAAUAAAUAACACUGAAAAUAA